UCUACACCGCGCGGGACUAAACGCGCUUCCGGGACGCUGCCCGCCGCGAGGAGUUGGCUGUUCCUCAGCGCCGCGAGCCCCGGAGACUCGCCCUCACUCCGCCAGAGGCCAUCCGCCUGGGCCCGCACGGGAGGAGCGGGGCCUCUGAGGGGAGCGGCGACCCCGCCGGCCCCCGUCUCUUUCCCUGGCGGCGGCGGCUUCUUCCGUAGGACAAUAUGUUCAAGAGAAUGGCCGAAUUUGGGCCUGACUCCGGCGGGAGAGUGAAGGGGGUUACUAUCGUUAAACCAAUAGUUUAUGGUAAUGUUGCUCGGUAUUUUGGAAAGAAAAGAGAAGAGGAUGGGCACACCCAUCAGUGGACAGUGUAUGUAAAACCAUAUAGAAAUGAGGAUAUGUCAGCAUAUGUGAAGAAAAUCCAAUUUAAAUUACAUGAAAGCUAUGGCAAUCCUUUAAGAGUUGUUACUAAACCUCCCUAUGAAAUUACUGAAACAGGAUGGGGUGAAUUUGAAAUAAUCAUCAAAAUAUUUUUCAUUGAUCCUAAUGAGAGACCUGUAACCCUCUAUCAUUUAUUAAAGCUGUUUCAGUCAGACACCAAUGCAAUGCUGGGAAAAAAGACAGUGGUUUCAGAGUUCUAUGAUGAAAUGAUAUUUCAAGACCCAACAGCAAUGAUGCAGCAGUUAUUAACAACAUCUCGCCAGCUAACAUUAGGAGCCUAUAAGCAUGAAACAGAAUUUGCAGAACUUGAAGUGAAAACCAGAGAAAAAUUAGAAGCUGCGAAAAAAAAAACAAGCUUUGAAAUUGCAGAGCUUAAGGAGAGAUUAAAGGCAAGUCGUGAAACUAUAAAUUGUUUAAAAAAUGAAAUCAGGAAACUUGAAGAAGAUGAUCAAACAAAAGACAUAUAAAUAGUUCUAAGAGAACUUGCUGGUAAGCUAAGCUGAAAAUAUGAUGGACUUUAAGGGAGAGAUGGACUGCAAAUGCCAUGGUGUUUCUUAGAGAAACGACACAUACAGGUGUUGACCACAGAUUUCCAGCAAUGGGGGUCAAAGGAUUUGUACUUUUCAAGCAAUCUUUAAGGUGAAAUAGAUGUGGGUAAUAAGAAUGAAUGCUGUAUAGGCAUUUAUCAACCCAUUUUGGGGUAACUCUAAUGAUGUUAAGCACAAUUUAAAAAGAAUUUUUGCAUUGUAUAUAUAGUUUAUCCUUUUGACAGGCAUCACAAUUUCAUAAUAAAGUAUAAGUUGUACAAAUUUUGUACUUUCUUGGUAGAAAUAGAUGGUAAAUGAACAUGUGUAUUUAAUUUUUUAAGUUCUUACCUGUCCCCAUCCUAACUCUUUUGUAUCGGUUGUAUCCACUGCCCAGUAAGUACUUAAUAAAUGUAGUUUACAGAU